AUGUUUUUUUUUUAUUAUAGCCUUACUAUGAAAAGAAAAGUAAUCACAAAAUAUCAGCGUAUGAAUACGUCGGGAACCGGACUGAUUGAAAUCGAGAGAUUUAAAAAAUGUUCAAAAAAUUUCAUCAUCAAGAACAGCAAGAAAUAUACAGACUAUAAAUCAUUUUUUAGUUAUAUUUCAGAUAAGCUAAUUUCUAAGUUGAAAAAAUCAUGUCUAAAUACAUCGAUAAAAUUUAAUAUACAUGUUGACACUGUUUACGAACGUCCAGUAACCCAUGAUAUUCAGGAUAUGGCUUUUAAAACUUCAAACAUUUUAGCAUGUAGUUCAUCUGAUUUUACUAUUUUAUUGAACAGAAUGUUUAAUAAAAUAUUAACUGAGGAAUCAGAAUUUAUUGCAAAAGGUUCAGGUUGGUCACUUGUAUCAAUAGAUGGGUUACAAUUAAGAAUUAAUUUAGUAAACCCUUUGAAAGGAAGUUCAUAUAUUGAUUUACCUAUGUUUAUAAAAAAAAAAGCCAUUAUAAAUGUUAGAAAUAAAGAUGAAUAUUGUUUUAAAUAUUCUAUACUUAGCAAAUAUGAUAAACGUUCGAAUAAAUCACGGUUUAACCAAACGUAUUUCAAUAUUCUAGAAAAAAAAAGUGGAUUCAAUUUUAAAUGUAUUGAUUUUCCGACACCAAUAAAACAAAUAAAAAAAUUUGAACGUCUAAACAAUGUUUCAGUUAAUAUUUAUAGUUUAAAUAAUAAACGUAAUAUUUUUCCUUUAUGUAUAAGUAAAAUAGAAAGAAAAAAUCAUUUUGAUCUAUUUUUAUACAAUAACGAUAAAACAUCACAUUAUUGUUAUAUUAAAGAUUUCUCAAGAUUUAUUAGAAGUCAGAAAACUAAAAAUUGUUCUAAGUUAAUUAUUUGUAAGAGAUGUUUUACAACUUUCGGGAAUAAACCGUGUAAAAGUAAACUUUGGGGUGAAGAAGGAUUGAUUAAACAUAAGCAAAUGUGUGAUAAGAAUGAAUUAGGAAGACCAAUAAUGUUUGAAGAAGGAAAAAGAUGA